GAUCCGUUUGGUUCCACGGCCGCCAGCAUUGUGUUAUCACCGUUUAUGCUGGAACGUGUACGCUACAUCGUACUUUUUGUACGCUCUAUCAGAUCAUCAACUGUUUCUCUCGAGCUUUUCCAAGUGACCGAGUUGAUCGGACGCUGCUUUUAAAUGUUGAAGUUGCGUCUUUUGGUGAGUUUUUCGUUUUGUAAAAAAGCGCGCUCAGGCGUCGCCAUUCGACGGUUAGUUUAAAAGUGCGAAGCGCAAUUUACCGGACGUGUUUUUCUGUGUGCUUUUCUUUUGUUGGCGACUUUUUAGGAUGUGCUUGGGUGAUGCUGCCACUGGCACCACUCGCCCUUGAUCUACUGGAUGCAACCUUAUGUGUAAGAUAUUAAAACAACCAGGAAAGGCAAUUUUUUAUUUAUUAACUAUCAUGUUUUUGAUUGUAAGGGAAUCCCAUGAAGUCAAUAGGUGUUUUCAGAAUUGUUUCGGACCCGUUAUAAGAAUUAAAAUCUACAAUCAACUAUCACAAGGGUACCUCCACGUCAAUGGCAGCAAUGUCGUAGCAACUUCAGAUGAAGAAGACGGUAUCAUAUACAAAAUUUCAGCUGGUAGGAAUUUCUAUCUCUACGAUAUGAAAGCGGAAAAAUUCAUUUGUUGGAAAAAAGCACAAAUUAAAAAAAGACAUAGGGCACAUACGUCUCUAAUAGCUAAGAAACAUAGCAGUAAGAGUUGCCAAUUCCGGGACAUGGUUGCAAAGGAGAUGGGCGGCUACGUGAAUUUGGUAGCGGCUUUCAAUACCACUUUAAAAAUGAAAUUUAACCGCAAAGGUAAAUUCGCUUCCCAUGAUUGCGCACCCAAAACUCAUACUAAGUGUCCCCAACAAUCUAUAUUCUUAAUACAAGUGUACGAAGAUAUACGCUCCGAAGACGGGUGUAAGUGUCCAGAAGCCAGGCAUCAUUUCUGUAAGGCAAGAUUUUCUAAAAUGAAAGUGUUCGGAAAUAUUUGCAAUCAAAGUAACGAAACAUUUGAUUUGUAGAAAAUUGAAAAGUUGGUUUUUUUUUUUAACACAAAAGUCAUAGCAGAAAGAUAAGUUAUAAAUUCAGGAUUAUUAAGAAUUUUUUUUAUAUAUAUAUAGUAAUAUAUCAAUCAGCUUAUUAGGUAAAAUCUAAUUAACCGCUCAGAUUUUGAUCUAAUACAUUUAUUAAAUGUCAACAGCAAGUGAAGUUAAAAAGUUUUUCUUAUAUUGUUUUGCUUAGCCAUUCCAAAAAGAUAAAAUCUUAACUAGUUACCAAAAAAUUAUUUGAUCAGUAAAUAAAUGAAAGUUUGACUAACAAUCAUAAAUUGCUAUGUCGAAAUUGGAAUGUUAAGCUGAAAAAUAACAAAAACAGUGGUAAAUCAUUAAAAAUUACAACAAAAUAGUCCUUGAAUUUAUGAGAGUAUUUGUUGGAAGUACGGAAAUAGGAUAAUUAAACAAAUAAAAAAAAAUACCGUAUACCUUCGUUAUUAUCUGGCUCGAAAGACCUAAAGAUUGCGUACUAAAUCCUAAUAUUCAACUCCACAUUCAUUUUGGUUAACCAAAAAUCUAUUGUGUAACUUUGUUAAAUCUAAAUAUAUUCAUAAAAUUAAUUUUUUGACAUAUUUACAUUUUUUAAUAACAAACUGUUUAAUUUCCAAUGUUCUGCUGACAUAAAUUCGAAUUGUUGCCCUUCAACAAUCAUUUUUCAUAAUUUUAGUACUCUAGUUAAUGAAUUUAAUAAUCUAUAUUUUCGUUGUACAAAUAUUGACUCUGUUUUGUAAUUAUUAAACUUUACAAACACUAGUAGUCUAAAUGUCUAAAUUAAAAUAUAAAAAACACGAGGAACCAUGAUAAAGAAGAUGAAAUUGCAUCAAAUAACUUUCUCAAAAUGUCGUUGUUGGAAAUAAUGAUGAAAUAAUAGUAGGAUAUUCUAUUAUAGUUACUAGCUAAGAUGUUUCUCUAAUAGAUGGAGGUAGCGAGCAGAAAAACAAUCAAAGUUCUAAAUAUAGAAAGUAAACUUCGCCAAAAAAGAAAACAAUCACGUCGCUAUAAAUUCAAAUCAAUGCAAUGAGAUAGAAAGUGUUGCUUAGUCGAGCUCAUUUCGGUCCAAAUUUUUCGGUUCAGUCCUCAACUCCCUUUUCAGUUAUUGAUGUUUAGAUGGUAUCAAAUCUGUGUUCUGUAAAUAUUGUCCCAUACAUGCUCAAUAAGGUUUAAGCCCGUGCUGCGUGUAGCCACUUCAUUACACCACGUUAUUAUGUAUUAACACAAAGUUAUCGCCUAUAAAGGGACAAGCUGCCCUUCUCUUGUAAAUCUUAAUCUAACUGCCCGAUGAUCUCUGGUCAUUUAAGAUGCAGUGUGAGCUACCUUGGCUCUAAGUUCCAUCAUUUCACAUUUCGAGCUUCAUCUGACACUUGUUGAUGCUGUGUAGCUAACCCUUUCCGGGAUAUAGUUGACUGAUUAAUUUCCAGUAUAUUGAAAAACCUUAAUCCCUUGUUAAACUUAAAUUUUUAUUCCCACACUCUUCCAUAGUCAAUAUUAAUUCGAAAAAAUACCCAAUAAAACAGAAACUGUAUACUUUCGAUCAGUGCCGAGAUAAACUGAUAGAAAGCAAAAUCCUAAUCAAAAUACAACAGACUAUUUCGAAAGAAAAUUUAUUGAAAAAAUAUAUUUUACGGAUGGUAUACGUGUGGAAGUUCGUUUGGUGUCCAAAGAAAUUUAUUUUCAGAAAAUGAUUGGAAGAAUGUAUCGCUUGUUUAAUUCAUUCGUAAUAUCAACAACCGAUACUGCUUAUUAUCGCUUGUAACCCUUCAAAAACCCCAAUUAAUCCCAAUCUACUUUCUCUCCGUAGGUAUGUUUAAUUCAUGAGAUGAACCCAGUUACGUAUAAUUUGGAAAUAAAGACACAUGUGUAUUUAUUAAAAUAGUCUCAUCUUUAUAUGACUUUCUUCUUAAACAUUCAUAAUUGAUUGGGGGCAUUGAAGCAACUCAAUUUUUCUUUUAUUCUGUCUUUAAUCAAGACGUAAUCGUUGUUUGAUGUUAAUAUAGGAAAUGGAGGUUUGAAAUGGGAAGGUUGAGAAGUAUUAAUAUGAGACAGAGUGAAAGUUUUAUAGCGAGUUUAAUCAAACAGGAAGCUUUGAUAUAUUAUUUAAAGCAGUAAUUAUGAGGGAAAAAAUAUUGUUGUAGUGGUUAUUAGAAAAACUAAAGUAAAUUGAAGAAUAAUUAUCAAUGAAAGUUAAAAAUACAGUACAUUUUUUACACAUUUACAGGUGUUUUAGUGAGAUGUGUGUUCUCUUAAAAGAUGAUUACGUCGAGCUUUUCUAGUGAAUCAGUAUUAUUAUUAUCUAAUACCUUCUACAACAAACAAUGUCCAAUUGACCAGUGGCGGAUCCAAAGGGAGGCUGUCGGACUGAACCCCCUUCAAAAACAUCUAAAAUGUUUUUUGUAAGAUUUUUUACAAAUAUAAUGAAUCUGAAGCUUUUAGAAUAUAUUCAUUUUCAAGAAUAACGUAAUUCCACUUCAAUUUUAAUACUUUUUAUAAUGUCUUAGUUAAAUUUACUUUAUCUGCACACAAUCAACAUGGAGUAUUUUUAUUUUUGUGCCCGCUCCGUUUAUCUAGUUUCAGCCCUCUUGUCCGCAAAAUAAAAUCCAAGAUCCGCCACUGCAUUGAAUCUAAUCAAUUUAUUAUCAUUCUGCUUUGACUAAUCUAGAAAAUUCUAUAUUAUAUUAUACUGUAUGUAUAUGUACAAAUGUUAAAAAUCUUUUAUAUAUUAAUUUAUUUUGCUAUAAUUUAAUUUUUGUAUUAUUUUGUGAAUUAUUGUCAUUUAGGUUAUGAAUGUCGAAUGUACAGUAUUUUUUAUUUCGACCCCUAUGGGGUUUACCCUUAACAAUACCUAACUUUUGUAUAUUAUUAUUUAUUUUUAUGAAUACCAUAAUUUUGCACAUUUAGUUGUUCAAACGAUCCAUGUUUUAAUGGUUUUCUAAUAAGAAAGUAAGAAUUGCAGAAUACCAAAUAAAAACUGAGGCCCCGAAUUUUAGAAACAUUUUGAUAAUUGAAAUAAAUGUCUAUCCGCUGUUAUAUGUUAGCCUCGUAAUUGUUAUAUAAGAUCUGUAGGCAUUGUCUUUAAUUUAUACAUUCCAACUUGUAUGCAUUUACAAUAAAAGUAUAAGAAAAUA